UGAUACAUAUCUUGCUGUGGAAUUUUCCCCUAAAAUGUGACGGUUUUUCCGCAUUUGGUAAUGCCAUAAGAUUUGGUUGAAAUAUGCAGCUCUAAUGUUGUGAUAGUAAUCACAGUGCAGUAAGAAAUGUUCCUCUGUUUCCACCUCUUUCUGGUUUGUAGUCUCUUUUCAGGUGUAAAUGCAGCUCCAUCUUCUUUUGUAUUGUAGUGGCAUCUUUCCAAUAGGCGAUGUAGUUUUGUUUUUUGUAACUGUGUGAUUUGGUUGGGCCGGAUUGUGCUGUGCUGGUUUGGGUAUAGUUUGAGUACCAGCUGUAAAAGUGCGCUCUUCUGCAGGUUCUGCUGCUGCCACUGCAGGGCUUCAGUCUGGUAAGAGCUCGGAUCACUGCAUUCGGGUGGGUAUUGUCCUAAUUCAGCUCUGCACAAGUUGUUUGGGGUUGCUCUGUUAACUUUUAAAAUGUUUUUACAAAUUUGAGUGUGCAUAAUUUCAAUUUCUUCUUUUUCCCAUUUAGAGAAAUCUUGGGGUUUUUUUUAGGUCCCCAUAUCUCACUGCCAUAUAGUGCAAUUGGUUCGAUUAUUGCUUUUAGGAUUUUUAGCCAUGCAGGUUUGAAUUGGAAUUUCAUACUGAAUUGUAUUUUUGAUCAUGUAGAAGACUCUCUUGCUUUCAGUGCAUUCACAGCCAGAUUGAAGUUCCCUGUUGAGCUGAUUUUUAGUCGCAGAUAGGUGUGUUCAUGGGUGUGUUGGAGGACCUGGUUUCUGAAAGUGUAUUUAUUUUCCUCACACCUGGGUCUCUUUUGAAAAAUCAUUAUCAUUGUUUUUAUACAUGGUGCUGAUUAGAUCAAACGUUUUCCCUCCAAUCCUAUUUUCCAGUAGUUUUAGAAAGAAUCUUUCAUGCCAGAUUGAAUCAAAAGCUUUUUCAAAGUCAAUAAAGCAAGCAAAGAUUUUGUAUUUGUUUUGGUGUACAUGCUUAUCAAUGAUAGUGUGGAGGGUAUAAAUGUGGUCAGAUGUUCUGUGUUUGGGCAGAAAUCCAAUUUGACUUUUUUCCAAGAUUUUGUGGGUUUUGAGAAAGUUUUGUAAUCGUAUGUUAAUAAUCAAACAGAAUAUUUCCCCCAGGUUGCUACUGACACACAUGCCUCUGUAAUUGCUUAGCUCAAACUUGUCUCUUUGUUUAAAGAUGGGUGUAACAAUGUUGAAUAAUUUGGUUAUUGCAGUUUUGAUUUUGUCAUUUGUGUAUUUGAUCAUUUCAUUUAAUAUUCCAUCAAUGCCACAUGCCUUGUUGGGUUUCAGUGCAUGUAGUCUGUCUAUUAGCUCAUUUACUGUGAUUGGGAAAUCUAGGGGAUUCUGAUUGUCUUUUAAUUUUUUUCUUUCAGGAUUUCUAAUUUGGUUUUUAUUUCAUUUCGAGCAGGAUUUGUCUCAAUUGUUUUGUACAGAUUUUCAAAGUGUGUCCUCCAUAUGUUCUUAUUUUGAAUGGCCAGUUGUUCCAGAAGUUAUUGGUGUCCUUCCAGUGUUUAAAUAUGAGGGUGUGGUUAAAGAAGGAAGGUAAUUAGUAAAGAAAAUCACUGUUCCUGUUGUAUUUGAGCACAUUCAUUGCCAUCAGCCACAUAUGCUGAUACAGAUGGCGUACUCCACACAAACACUGGCUGCAGGCUGCUUUGGGAAAAUAUACAAGGAGAAGUUUGGAGACACAUGGGCUGCUCUGAAGAGAGUUCCUAUAGGAGUCAUCAGCAGACAACAGCUGGAGAGAGAAUGCAAAGUAUAUCAUAAUGCUCGGCAUACAAACGUGGUGAAGCUUCUUGGUGAACCUUGGAUAAAAGACUCCAAGUGGAACAUUCCUUUGGAGUUCAUCUUUGGGGAAGAUCUUGAGACGACCAUCUUCAAAGUACAACUUUCUAAAAUACAGCUGACUCCAGCAGUGAAAGCCACAAUCAUCACUGGCAUGUGUGAAGGUUUGCUCUAUCUGCACAGUAAAGACAUCGUCCACCAAGACCUCAAACCUGAUAACAUCAUGGUGGAGCAUCAAACCCAUCGUGCUGUGAUCAUCGAUCUAGGACUGGCUAAAUUCUUCAGAAACGGACUCUCCUCUGCAGUAAACUUGGGCAAUGAAGCAUAUUCAGCUCCAGAGAUCCUGCAGAAUAAUGGCAUUCGUGACAAGCGCUCAGAUGUUUGGGCCAUGGGUAAAAUCAUAGCUGAACUCUGUGCUAGGAUCAGGUUACCAACCCAAUUUGUGUCUCCUGUCAAGAUUCGUGAAACUCUGAAAGACCAGCCAUACUGUAAUCCAGUGUCCAGGAUGGUGGAACCCAGUCCCAAUUACAGAAGUACUAUGGCUGGAGUCAUCACAGACAUCAGGAGAGCUGCUUCAGCUCCACCAGCAGACAUUAGACCAAAAGACAUCACAAGAGACAUCACAAGAGACGUCACAAGAGACAUUACAGUGGCACGUGGAAAUGACAUAAGGCCAAUUCAAAAGUGGUGUCCACCAGGACCUCCUGCUCCUAAAGUGGAGGUAAAUAAACAUCCUAUGUUAUAUUAUCGGCAGGAUCCACCUCAGCAGAGAGAGCUGGGAAAGGCAAUGGUAGCGGCUAGAGGAGAGGCCUUAAACAAGCAGCUGUCUCUCAUGUCAUUUCCUUGCCCUCUCCCAGAAACCGGAAAAGUGACUCAGGAACGCUACAUUGAGGAGAAAGGAGCUCUAGAAUAUAAAGAGAUUGUCACAAAGGGAGGGAGAAUCGUUAAGUAUGAGAAAGUGCAAAUAACCAAAGAUUCUUAAAAAUAGCACUUGGGAAUAGACUUGUGUUCUGAAAAAUGUUGGUGAGCAUUUUUGAUUUUACAUAGAUGAAAUGCUUUUUAAAAAGAAAUCCCAAACUGGAAAAAUAUGAUAGUGAAAUUGGCUUUAUUUUAGGGUUUUGACAUUGCUUAUAUCUUGUUUAUAUUCAUUGAACAGUAAUUUUGUCUCAUUUGAUGUAAAGUAUAAACCAUUAAAAUGUCAAAAACACCAUAGUGGUGUUCUGUUUUUCUGGCAUUAAUAAUUUGUAGUACUGUAGCACUGUGUUGAAAUUCAUUUGCAGAAGUAUAUUAAUUAAGUAACCAUCCAGUAUGCAGACGAGUAUUUAAAUAAAUAAAUGCCUAUAGUGAUAGAGGCUAUUUACACUAAGUACAAAUAGCAAUGGAUUCUUCUGUGUUAAAAAAGGAUUUUCUGCUAUUUAUACUUAUUGCAAAUAGUGGCAAUUAUCUGCACCUCAGUAUUGUAGUACAUUAUAAAACAGUAUGCAAUUAUAACGUAUUGAGUGCAAAUUAUAAUUUUAAUUCAAAUUAUUAAAUGGAUGCCACCUUAUUGGGUCAAUAAAGCCCUCCCUACACCCUACCCCUACCCCUACCCGUACCCGAUACUUUCUUUUCAACUUUUAGAUUAUUUCCUUAUUUUUUAUUGAAAACAAAUGCCUUUCUAAUGUGAUAUGAGAUUUAAAAAAGGAGAAAAAAGUUCGGCAAAAGGCAGAUUCGAACUCGGAUCGAUGGCGUCAAUAAGACUACAUUAUGCACUUUACCAUUUAGGUAGAGUUGACUAGCCACGUUAGUGGGCGGAGUUUGUGGGAUCUUUACUGUAAUACUUUAGGUUGGGGUGCACAAGAGGAGACUGUGUUAUUAUAUAUAGGCUGUUUUUGUUUAUUAUGCGCUCCUCCGUUUGAGUGAAUAAAGCUGUGUAAGUCUGUCCUUG